CCUGUAGUUGCGCUGCCAGGACCACUUUGAUCUAGCUACUUGUAUCUAUGGUUGUUGGGGGAGGGGAAAGAAUUGUUUUGAGAAUCGCUGUGUAGUGUGGGAUAGCGGCGGAGUUAUCGCAACCGACCGAGAAAAUGGAUGUGUUUCUCAUGAUUCGGCGCCACAAAACAACCAUCUUCACUGAUGCCAAGGAGUCCACCACUGUUUAUGAGCUGAAGCGCAUUGUGGAAGGGAUCCUGAAAAGGGCACCAGAGGAGCAGAGACUCUUCAAGGAUGAUCAGUUGUUAGAGGACAGUAAGACUCUUGGAGACUGUGGGUUCACUAAUCAGACAGCAAGACCUCAGGCCCCGGCCACUGUUGGCCUAGCUUUUCGCAUCAAUGAUGAGGUGUUUGAGCAACUGCGGGUAGAACCAUUCUCCAGCCCCCCUGAGCUCCCAGAUGUAAUGAAGCCCCAGGACUCUGGCAGCACUGCUAACGAGCAGGCCGUCCAGUGAGGAAAGAAAAGUGAGGAGGCAUGGGUGGGGGUGGGGGUGGGGGUGGGGGAGACGGAUGGGGGUGAGGAAGAACAAAGUCUGCAGGAAAAAAAUGAAGAAACAGGAGGAUGGGAAGGGAUGUACAUGGCAAAGUUAUAAGAGGUUAUUGAAAAUUGUGGAAGAUGGGAGUGAUAAGCUGUAUCUUUCACUUGGCUAAACUAUCAAUCCCUUAUUACCCCAGAAUAAUAAGCAAACAUGCAUUCUAUUAAUACCUUUUCCCAGUCCACCUCAGCACACAUUUAAAUGCAUGUUUAGAUUUGCAGAAAUUGACAUGAAAACUGGCCUACUGCUAUCAGUUAUACAGGAGAAACAAGGAAUAGGUUAAACAAUUUACAGUAACAUUUAAACUGAUACGUCUAGUUUUUUGGGUAGGGUGACUAAAUAUGUAAUGUGUUUUUGUGUGUUUGGUAUUUUGGGGAGGAUUGCAGUUAUAUUGUGUUACAAUAAUUAUGAUUAUGCUUAUUAUUAGUAAGGAUUAUAAUGAUUUUACGGGAGAAAUUACUGGGGGAGGGGCGUGUUGUGUGUGUUAGCCUACCUAGAGAAAAUGUGCAUGAAACUUAGAAAUAUUCACAAAACUGGAUCGGGGACAGUUUCACACACAAGCAGUUGCAAAAAACGUUUCAAAGAAGAUAACCAUUUCAAUGUAAAGCUCUGACAUUUUACAGAUUUUUCUUAAAGUUUGGUUUCCUGCUGUCUUCUAUUGUCUUACACAUUAGUUCUUCAACCUGGUCUUUGGAGUUCCCAUGGGUGUAUUAUUUUGUUCCAAGUUCACUGUCCUUAUUCAGAGAAUUGGCAUGGUCUUUAUGUAACUGAAGCUUUUAAAAUGUUUUAGUCCUUAAAUUGUUGUCAACUAAAAACAUGUUCAAAAUUGAUUCAGAAUUUUUUUGUGCUCAAACCAAAGACACAAUGUCAGUAAAACUUGUGUGACAUUUAAAAAAAAUAUGUUUAGAAACUAGGUGGAACUCCUGGUCCAGAUGGAGAACUGAUGAUAUACAGUACGAAUUGGGUAAUUAUCAGUUCUUUGUAUCACAUUUAACACUGACUGGCACAAACAGGCAGUCUGGAGAUUGCUUUUGCUUUUCUCCCAUGUAUUCUGUGUCUUGUGACAGGACUUGAGUUUGACACCACAGUCCCGCAACAAAAUCUGUAACUUUGUGAGCUGAAUAAAGACUGCUUUUUCUUUUUCA